AUGACUUGGGGAAAAAACGGUGCCAAGGGUGCAGCAACGCCCUACAUCGUCUGUCCUCACUGCUCUAGGGCGGGUAAGCAGAGCUGGAUUUUCGUAGACAGAGUCCAGCACCACCCCUUUUGCAACCUGUGUGGCAACGCAUGGAAGACCAAGGGUGCUCCGGUCACUCAAAGACUGCGCCCGCGGGGUCCCAAGAAGAACAGGGACAGAAGCGCAACCACUGAGAGUGCCACCCAAAGCCCCCAACGGCCUAGGAAUCAAGAGGGCAACCUCUCCAAAGCCGUCACGACACUUUGGCAGAAGUUUCCCCCAGAGGUCCAGAAGGAACUGAGCGAGGCAGGUUUCCAAGCAGGCCGGCAGCCGAGUCCGCCUCCAGGCCUCCAGUCUGGAAAAGGCAACGGGGCAAAGGGUGGGCUUGACGAGCAGGCCGAAGCCUCUAAGAACCUGUGGGAUUCUGCGUCUGAUGAUCAGAAGAAGCUGAUGCGCCAAGCUGGCAUCCCUGAGCCGGUUGCGUCGGAGCCAACAGACCUUGCGGCCCUUUGCAAGAAGCACUUGGAGUCAAUGCCGCCUUCGAUCCAGCAAGCCCUUGCAGCACUUGAUCCUCCGGCCCCCACGCAGACUCAGCAGAUUGAGAUUGCAACUCGUCGCUUUAAGCAGAGCACUACGGACUUGCGACUGAUGAUCCAGCAAACUGCUGCCUUACAGAUUCGCAUAGACCGCGCCAAAGCAACCUACCAGGAGCUGCUUGAGAAGAUGAAGGUUUGCCAAUCUGAAUUGCAGAGCAAACAAGCUGAAGUCACGGCUAUGCAGUCGGAGUUGGAAGCCACACUCCGUGCUGAUGCUUCGGGUCUGGAGGACCCCGCGCGCAAGGACGAUCCCUUGGAAGGGCUUCUAGAUACGCUUGCCAAAGUUGGAAUUGUCCUGACCCAGGAGCAGAAGGAGCUUUACGAGGAGGCCCAGCGCGGCAAGCCUAAUGAUGGGCAGCAGAAUAUGGAAGUUGAAGCCACAAACCAGCCUGGUUUGACGGCUCCGACCCGUGAAGAAUGGGAUUCUUGUGGGGAUCUGAGUGCCUGGCAGACUGUUACCAAAGGAUUGCGCCACAGCACCCCGCUGCAGUCCCAGGACACCCAACUCAUCACAGGGCCCCAGUUCUGGCCCUCAUCUUUCUCGACAACUGAGUUUGAUGAGGUCCCUGUGACCGGUGCUUCUCCAAUCUCUGCUUUCGUGGCCACAACCUCAGCAAUGGCAUCUCAAGUUGAGGAGUUUCCUCGCUUACAGGCGUCGGGGAGCCAUGCCGAGGUGCCACCUUUGGCAAGCCCACACAGCCAGUGGCGAACGCUCGAAGGCCAGGUGUGGGAGGCUGUCCAGAACCCAGAUCUGUUGGGAGCAACUUCAGAGGUGGUUGGCCACCUUCUUGAUCAGGUUGAGCAGGGCAGCUUAGGUUGGUGGCUGUGCCAGGAGAUCUUGGCCCUCCAACGUUCUUUUGACUUAACUUUGCUCUUGCUUGUUGCUCGGGGCUUUGAAGUUUUGUGCAAAUCGCAGCCACAGGGGCACAGGCAAAUGCGAGUCACAUCUUGCAACAUUACUUCUUGGAGACCAGAAGUCAAGCAAUGGUUUUCAGCUCAAGGGGAUGUUAUCUUGAUUCAGGAGCACCAUCUUUUGGAGUCCCAAGUUGUUGCUGAAAUCUCGUCUAUGGCUGCCAUGGGCUUCGACUCCUUCCUUUUGCCCGCAGCCCCUGGGGAAGGUCAGUAUACCAACCAAGGCUGUGGCUACGUGGCGGUGACGCUACGCACACAAGGGGCUGACUUGACAGUAGUUAGCCUGUACCUCCAGUCUUCCUCCGGCUUCGGGUCCCCGGUCAACUCUGACAUCCUUGCAUCUCUGCGCGCAAUUCGUCAAUCUGUGAGGGGCCCAAUCCUGAUAGGUGGAGACUGGAACUCGCCUUUGAAGGAUUUGUUGGACACUUCCAUUUUUCAAAGUUUGUCCCUGGAACCAAUUGGGCCCAACAAAGCCACCUGUGGUGACAAUGAGCUUGAUUUUCUGGCUGUAUCACACUGCCUGGAAGGUUUGCUCCGGGUUGAUGCCUCCUGGGAUGUUCCUUUCAAGCCACAUGCAGCAAUCCAAGUUGCCCUCAAUGUGGGCGCUUUCCAGCUCACCACUCCACAGCUUCCCUCCUUUGUGCUUUCCUUCAGGGAAGAACCGCUUGAUUACAUACAGGUUGAGGAGACCCUCGCCUCUUUGCCGGAUACCACCUUUUCGGCUGACCCCCUGAGCAAUCGACUGGCUUCCAUUUCCAGUUCGGUUGAGCACAGUCUUUUGCAAUCGUCCCAGGGUAUUGGUCGCCAACUCCAAGUUGAAUUCCUCCCAGCUGUUCCUCGCAUGUCCCAGUUCGCAUGGGAAGGUUCUUGCCAGGCUUUUUGGCACCGGGUACAAUUUCUGUGCCAGGGAGACCACCCCAAACGUCGAGAGCAAUGCCAGGAGUAUUUGCCGCAGAUCCUGGACCACUGGCAGGGCAACUCGGAGGAGGCUGUUUCUUUUCUUUCUACGCUCCAGGCCUGUCUCUCGGAGCAGGCUGCUGUUCCCGAGCCCGUCCAGCAAUUAUUGCAGGAGCAAUUUCUGCUGGCCUCUAAAGUUCACCAGGAUGCCCAGACCAAGUCGUACAGGACCUUCCUCCUCUUCCACACGCAGAGCAACAGGCUCGCGGAAAGCUACGGGAACUGGCUGCUCAGCAGGUGGUCCCUGAUCCAAGAGUGGACGGUCUCCUACCAGGCCCUGGCUCCUUGGGAUGCCGCAGUGCCAGGUCCUGCACCCUUUGGCCACACAUUUUGGUCGCAGCUUGAAUUGAUGUGGCACGGAUCCACAGCCGAGCUCAGUGUUUUCCAAGUCCAGCUCGAUGCUGUUCUUAAAGGUGUUACGCCUUCGGCUUUUCCAGAGUUGAUUCAGGUAUCGGAGCAACAAUUUCGUCACCAUUCCAAAUUGUGGAUGCAGAAGCAGAGCGCAAGCUACGGUAAGUGGCUAAAGCAGGCUUCGUGUCAAGGCUUGCGUGGCCUUUUUACUAGUGUUAAAGCGGAUGAAGCUGUCCAGCUGCGCCCUUUCUUGCACCAGCCUGUGCAGGAGCGCAUCUACCUUAGGUGGAGGCAGUGGUUUGAGCUUUGGUCCGCGCCGGGUGGGGUCGACCCGGCGCUCCUCAGUGAUCUCAGGCAACGUGCCCGAAUGCAGGCCAAGGAGCUUGGGCCGAUUCCCCUAGAUCAGGCGGUUGCGGCGUUCAAGCGAGUGCCCAGCAAAGCACCAGGUCUAGACGGGUGGACAUUUGAGAUGUUAAAAAAUUUGCAGCGACCGGCUGUUGCAUCCAUCAUUUCAUUUCUUCACCACUGUGAAACUGAGGCCACUUGGCCUGCCCAGAUGGUGUUUGCACUUAUAGCCCUCCUCCCAAAAAGCGAGAAGCGGGAGAGACCAAUAGCACUUUUGCACGUGCUUUACCGCACUUGGGUGCGCAUGAGGUGGAAAUUGGUCUCCGAUUGGCAAUUCCAGUACUGUAAAGCCGCGGUCUGGGAUAAGGCAAUGCCUGGGAGUCAAGUGCUGGACGUCGCUUUGGGACGCUUACUUAGAGGCGAGGCGGCUAGACAGUCCGGUCAGCACUUAGUUACAAUUUUCAUUGAUAUGGAGACUUUCUAUGAUAGAUGCCGUUUUAACGAUGUCAUUUCUUCUGGCCUUUCUUUGGGGUACCCUCCCCUGGUAUUGCACCAGGCCCUUCUUACGUACAUGGGCCCGCGUUUUCUUCAAUCUGAAGGGUCUUUGUGCCCGGCCAUUACUCCCACGAAGGGGGUCCUGGCUGGGUGCCCGGCCGCCCCUUCUAUCAGCAAACUUGUUGUGCACCCCAUUGCAGUUGCGGCCACUUCCAAGCGUGCGACAUCCAAUUUGGACGUAUGGAUAGAUGAUCUGUCCCUUGACUGUGUCGGUGCCUCGGCCAAGCAGAUUGCCUCAGACGCUGUGCUGCUGUUUCGCAGCCUGCGUACCAGCAUCGAGGCAACUGGUGCCCGUGACCACCGCGCGGCAUGUGUUGCUUGGGCCAUUGCGGCAUAUGAGCUUGCACCGGAUGGGCCGAAGCGUGCUGCCUUUGAGCUCUUUGGUCGUGUCUCCGGUGCUUUCGACUUGACGGUGGACUGCAUCCCUGAAUGGCGGCGUUUGCUGAACGAGGAUGUUGUUGAAGCUGAUACGAGCCGGUCCAUUGAGGAAUCCUUUGAGGCCAAAGAGUCAAUCCCUGCGGAGGUUGUGCAGCAAGGACACCUCCAAACAGACCCGUUUGUCGUUUCGGUGAGCUUUUCGGGCUGUUUCGAGGGUGCCGACGUGGCCAGCCUUGAGGCCUGCAUUCUAGUGCUCUCGAACAGACGGCAGCAGACGCACAAGGACUGGUGCAAGUCAGUGCGGCCGCCCAGGCAGAGUAAGGAGCGAAAGCCCGGCAAGGCGGCACUCGCUUUGCACACAGUGUGGGAGAAGUUGACUCCCGAAGCCCGACUGGCGAUCGAAGAAGCCGGGUGGAGGCCUCCAUCCGCGGCAGCGGUUGUUCCGCCUCCGGGUCUCGGCGAUUUUGAUGUUGACAUGGAUGCAUCUGAGGCCUGCGAGGCUAAGCAGAAGCUGUGGUCUGAAGCCACGGAGCAGCAGAAAGAGCUCAUGCUCAAGGCAGGCCUCAAGCCGCCGGAGCAAACUCCGGCUCCCACCUCUUAUGAAGUUGGAACCGCAGCAAAUGCAGCUUUUCGUAAGGCCACGGUUGCACUGAAAUUGCUUGGAGACAAGAAGAUUAGCUUGCAGAAGCGUAUCGACCAAGCUAAGGAGCAAUACAACGCAAGACUGACCGAGAUGAAACAGUUGCAGACCAAAAUUGAAGAGGCGCAGCAACAGGUUGCAGAUGCGGGCGAGGAGCUUACCACCAAAGUCCUGGCCCAAGAUGAAUCUUUGAACGGCGAAAUUGCGCAGUUUCUUGAGAAGUUUGGGAUUUCCUUGACUGAAGAGCAGGAAGCAAAGAUUGCCGCAGUGCGUGCCGGCACACAUGGACCCCCUGACAGCCAGGCUUUUGACCUUAAGGCCGCAGCACCCAACACGCAAGAGGUGCCCAAGAAAUCUGAGCCAGCGCAGAACGGCGUUGCUGUGCGCCCUGCAGGCUGCACUCAGGCUGACCAGGUGCUUGUGCAUUCAACUUGGUCGGGCAGUGCUCUCGCUCAGUCUGGUGAUCCAGGGGUUUCGGCCCUUUGGGCCAGCUUGCUGCAAGGGCUGGAGCAUAUGUGUCAUGUGCAAGUGCUUCAAGCUGUGGAGGCCCUAGAGGCGGGCCAAUAUAUUCUUGAAGAUACCUUUCCCUGGUUUGCUGCUGAGCUUGCUGUUGAAGCCGGUGAUGAUGUUCCUUGGCACGUUGCAGCCUCGGCUAUCAGGGAUGUCAUCGCAAAUCUUAACUCCAAUGCCGACGGAAAGAAAUUGCUGUUAGUCAGCUCCAAUGUCACCAAGUGGCGCAAGUCCUUAGCAACCUUUCUUGCGGGGAUCAGGCCAGACCUCUGGCUGGUACAGGAAACACACAUUAAGGAGGAGCAAGGGGAUUUGCUGGCCACUCAUGUUGGGGCCUUUGGCUAUCAGGCCUUCAGCUUGCCAGGUGUUGGUUUUCAGUCUGUUGUUCUGCGCAUCCGGGGUGUUGAUAUCUUCCUCGUCAAUGUUUACUUGAAGACAGGGGAGGGUGAAUUCCUUGUUGCAGGCGACUUCAACGAAGACAUCAGUGUUCUGGUGACCACCAGUUUGGCGCAGGUUGCUCUGGCCCUCAGCCUGAUCUGGAGUCUGCCUGUGCCGGGCACUGGGGUGGCUCCAUACCUGUGUUACGCCUUCGGCUUUUCCAGAGUUGAUUGUCACCAUUCCAAAUUGUGGAUGCAGAAGCAGAGCGCAAGCUACGGUAAGUGGCUAAAGCAGGCUUCGUGUAAAGGCUUGCGUGGCCUUUUUACCAGUGUUAAAGCGGAUGAAGCUGUCCAGCUGCGCCCUUUCUUGCACCAGCCUGUGCAGGAGCGCAUCUACCUUAGGUGGAGGCAGUGGUUUGAGCUUUGGUCCGCGCCGGGUGGGGUCGACCCGGCGCUCCUCAGUGAUCUCAGGCAACGUGCCCGAAUGCAGGCCAAGGAGCUUGGGCCGAUUCCCCUAGAUCAGGCGGUUGCGGCGUUCAAGCGAGUGCCCAGCAAAGCACCAGGUCUAGACGGGUGGACAUUUGAGAUGUUAAAAAAUUUGCAGCGACCGGCUGUUGCAUCCAUCAUUUCAUUUCUUCACCACUGUGAAACUGAGGCCACUUGGCCUGCCCAGAUGGUGUUUGCACUUAUAGCCCUCCUCCCAAAAAGCGAGAAGCGGGAGAGACCAAUAGCACUUUUGCACGUGCUUUACCGCACUUGGGUGCGCAUGAGGUGGAAAUUGGUCUCCGAUUGGCAAUUCCAGUACUGUAAAGCCGCGGUCUGGGAUAAGGCAAUGCCUGGGAGUCAAGUGCUGGACGUCGCUUUGGGACGCUUACUUAGAGGCGAGGCGGCUAGACAGUCCGGUCAGCACUUAGUUACAAUUUUCAUUGAUAUGGAGACUUUCUAUGAUAGAUGCCGUUUUAACGAUGUCAUUUCUUCUGGCCUUUCUUUGGGGUACCCUCCCCUGGUAUUGCACCAGGCCCUUCUUACGUACAUGGGCCCGCGUUUUCUUCAAUCUGAAGGGUCUUUGUGCCCGGCCAUUACUCCCACGAAGGGGGUCCUGGCUGGGUGCCCGGCCGCCCCUUCUAUCAGCAAACUUGUUGUGCACCCCAUUGCAGUUGCGGCCACUUCCAAGCGUGCGACAUCCAAUUUGGACGUAUGGAUAGAUGAUCUGUCCCUUGACUGUGUCGGUGCCUCGGCCAAGCAGAUUGCCUCAGACGCUGUGCUGCUGUUUCGCAGCCUGCGUACCAGCAUCGAGGCAACUGGCCAGUGGCAGGGCGUCUAA